AUGAGCAGCUCCACAGGUCCGACCGGCGCGGCCCCGCCGCCUCCCGGGGAGACGCCCAACUUCGACAACCCGCGAGACGCCGGGCACAUGGUGCACUUGGUAUACAUGAGCCUCAUUCAGGCCAUUGUGGUGGUCUUCUUCGCCGUACGCGUCUACGUCAAGCUGUCGGUGAAUGGAAAAUUUCGGUUAGAAGAUUUGUACACAGAGCUCCAUUACGGUGAAGGAUUCCACUUCUGGGAGAUCACUGCGACCAACUACGCGGGGCUCCAAAAGUGGAUGUAUAUCAGCUCCCUGUUGUACUCGCCCGCAGCCUUCUUCACCAAGACGGCCCUGUUGCUCCUCACCGUGCGUGUCUUCUCCGUCGACACAGUAGUCGCCCGAACGCUCCACGGUCUUUUGGCCUUUUUUCUUCUCUGCUACGUCCCGGCGGAAAUCGCCAAGGCCGCCGUGUGCAUCCCCGUGCAGGCGUUUUGGGAUCCGUCAAUAUCCAACUUCAAAUGCAUCGAUCAGACGAAACUCUUCAUGUACGAUACCUCGAUCUCGAUAUUAUCCGAUUUGGUCAUCUUGGGGGUUCCCAUCGUUUUGGCGUGGAAGCUGAGGGUUUCGACGGCCAAGAAGGUCAAGAUCGUCGCCCUUUUGGGGACGGGUGGUUUGGGCGUUGCGGUGACAGUCUACAGGAUGUUCCUGGUGGUCAGAUUCGAGGACACCAAGGACCCGACCGUUGACUUUGUGCCGGUUGACUGGACGGUGACGGGAGAGCUCGCCAUCGGUAUGCGCCAGAGGAGGAUCUUCAAACAAUUCUCAGGUGCCGCCAUCAUGGUGGAAGGAAACCCCGAAAAAGUGUAUCAAUUCCCUGUCAUCCUGGGGCGUGGGCCGCGCGUUCAGGGCGUCGACUGUGAAGAGAACGAGGUUGCGAAGUGUUGA